AUGGAGAAGUCCGAAAUCAUAGAAGGCUAUACAUCAGUAUGUCACUACAGCGAUCCCAAUGUGGAAGAGUGUAUCGCACGCGUAACAGAAAAAGCACGACAAAUCCUCGCUGCCGGAGCACCCAAUCUUGGCAUCCAGCCUUUGGAACCUUUGAAAGUUCCCAGCAUAAGGCUGAGACAGCAUAACGUACCGAAGAAUGGGUUCAAAUAUGACGCUUGGCUUUCGGAUAUUAUGGUGAAAGGAUUGGGGAAUUUUACUAUUAAUAAGUUGGACGUGUACCCAGAGGAACUGAAAGUAACAGCGAACGUAAGUCUACCGCAUUUGGUCCUGACCGGUGACUACGUCAUACUUGGAGGGUUCCAGAUGCUACCAGUCGAGUCUACCGGCAAGAUUAAUGCUAACUUUACACAGUGUACAGCGUCCUUAGAAGCGAUAGGUGCUAGAGUGCACAAGAGGAUGGUAGUGCGAGACGCGAUUGUGCGCUUGCACUGCUCGGGGCCCUUGCGAACUGAUUUAAACGAAGCGCAUUCCACUACCGGAGAAAUGGAGAUGAUCACCGAUCACAUCGCGGGCAUGCAUUCGGCUGAAAUCACCCGCGAAGUCCAGCCGGCGGUGGAGACCGCCCUAGCCAUGGUCCUCGAAGACGUCGCCAAUAAGUUCCUUAAACACGUCCCGUACGACAUGGUUUUCCCUAAUUAGUCAUUUGCAUUAAGAAUACUGUAGAACGUCUUUUUAAAUGAUGAUGUAAUAAAUAUUUCGUAUAGUGUUUAUGUCAUCGAGUAUAUAA